GACUGAACCAGGACUUGGAGCCGCAGACCUGCUGCAGAAUGGAUUUUGGACCAAACGGAUUUAAGUGACGUGUUUUUGUGGAGAUAAUUUUUCAACAGAAAAAGAAAAAAAACAUUGAGCCAUGUUUGAGGCAGAAAGUUACCUGACGGACGGGGGGCUGGGUCUGUACACGCGGCGUCUGCACCGGCUCCACGACCUCUCCAGCAUGAGCGCCGUGAGGGAGACGCUGCACCACAACCCGACCGGAGACGCCGACAGUUGGGACGACAGCAGCUCCGUGAGCAGCGGAGUCAGCGACAACAUCGACACCGACGACAUCAACACCAGCUCCUCCAUCUCCUCCUACAGCACGGCCCCGGAAAACAGCACGCCCCGAAAACAGCCGGUCACAGAUGCGGAGAAGCGCGUGGCCUCGUCUGGACCCUGGACCUCGGACUCUGGGCCUCUGGACCUGGACCAGACCUCCAGAGGUGCGGGGAGGAAGGCCCAGAGCGUGUCCCAGACCGGGUCCUGGAGGAGGGGCAUGAGCGCCGCGCAGGUCGGGGUCACCUCCCCCAGAACCAAGACCAACAGCACCAGCUCCACAGCCAGCAACGGAAACAGCGCCCCCAAGGGACCACACACAGGUACUGCACACACAGCCAAAACUGACGAUGUGAAAGUGUCAGAGAGGAGCAGUGUGACUCCUCCGUCCGACGCCGACGAUCUGAAGAAGAACCGGAGCUCUGCCAACGUGCCCCUGAGCCAGACACUCACAGAGGCUCCGCCCGGCGCCCUCUCCUCCCGCGCCUCAAACUCCAGCUCCUCCUUCGGGUUCAAGAAGCCGGGCGCCCUGGUCACGGCCAGCGGAGCCACCAUCACCAGCGGCUCUGCCACCCUGGGCAAACUGCCCAAGUCCAGCAGAGCUCUGACUGCAGGUGCGGGUCUGAAGUCCGGACAGGAAGUGGGCGGUUCCCUGAGUCACCACGACGACACCUUCUUACCCAUGAGCGCUCGGGGCACGCUGCAGUACCGCAGCCUGCCCAGGCCGGGGCGCUCCGGAGCCGCCGCCCGCAACGGCAACAGGUCGUCCACCAGCAGCAUCGAGGCGGCGGCGCUCUCCGUCACCAACAAGAACAGCCCGCUCGGAAAACUGACCAACCAGACGGACCGCGAGAAGGGGGCGGAGCCUGCGACGGCGGCGACGGGGAGCGCGGGCGGGAGGCAGCAGGUGUCCUCGCCGACGCUGCGCAGAUUGUUCGGAGGAAAGUCGAGUAAACAGGCUCCAGUGACGACGUCCGAAAAUAUGAAGAACUCUACAGUGAUCUCCAACCCCCUGACCAGCGCCACGGACAGAGACCACGGAGACAGCGAACAGGCGUCGACCCCGGGCUCGGUGUACUCCUCCGGGCCGUCGGGCAGUUUGACCUGGGGCGCCUCCGCAAACACCUCCAGAGACGGGACCCUGAGCUCCGGGUACGGCCCCAGCAGAGACGGGACCCUGAGCUCCACGGGCCCCAGCAGAGACGGGACCCUGAGCUCCACGGGCCCCAGCAGAGACGGGACCCUCGGCUCCACGGGCCCCGGCAGAGAGGGCCCGGCGGGGGCGGGCGGGUCGGGGAGCGGCGGGUUCCCCUCCGUCAGCAGCAUGCACACCAGCAGCGAGUCCAUAGACGUGAGCGGCGCCCCCUACCAGCGCGACGAGCCGCCUGCCCUGGGGCGGACGGGCAGCGCCAAGGCCGGCGUGUCCGACAGUUCAUUACGCGGCGGUCGAAACACACUGCCAAAGAAAACACUCAGGUAUGGCCCCGCCCCUCAGCUCAGAGGCCCAGACGAGGCGCGCGAUUGGCUGAGGUCUCACUCCGUCAGCGGACUCCAGGACUCUGUGGGCUCCUCCCCCUUUUCCCCUGGGUCCAGCCUCACCUCCCCCACAGGGACCAGGUUCAACUUCACCUCUAGUCCCACCUCUGCCGCUCACAUGACCCUGGCGGGUCUCAGGACCAACAGUCUGACCCAGGACUGUCUGGACCAGUCCGAGUCCAGGCUCCGGACGUCCUGCAUGUCCCUGGACGACAAGACCCGGACCAUGAGCCGCUCCGGAUCCUUCAGGGACGGUUUCGAGGAAGGUGAGACCAGAACCUCAACACACAGAACAGACAUCCGUAAACUUCGCCGGGAGCUCGACGCGUCGCAGGAGAAAGUUUCGGCUCUGACCACUCAGCUCAGCGCCAACGCUCAUCUGGUGGCAGCGUUCGAACAGAGUUUGGGAAACAUGACGAUUCGAUUGAAAAGCCUCACGCAGACGGCAGAACAGAAGGAUUCUGAGUUGACCGAGUUGAGGAAAACCAUCGAGUUGUUGAAGAAACAGAACGCUGUGGCUCAGGCCGCGAUCAACGGAGUCAUCAACACCCAGGACCUGAGCAAAGACAGGAGCAGUGACAGGAGCACCGACAGGAGCAGCGACAGGAGCACUGACAGGAGCAAUGACAGGAGCACUGACAGGAGCAGUACCAACGCUGCUCAAAACGGGAGCCCUCAGUCCCAGAACAAGUCCGAGUCCAGACCCCAGACCCAGACCAACGCGAGUCCCGGUCCAGGUCCCGGUCCAGGUCCAGGUCCGAGUCCCGGUCCGAGUCCAAACCAGACCUCGACCCCGGACCUGAGGAUUCGCCGGCAGCAUUCGUCCGACAGCGUGAGCAGCAUCACCAGCCACUCCAGCAUCGGAUCCAACCUGGACGCCGACGCCAACGCGCGGAAGAAGAACAAGAAGAACUGGUUGGAGAUCGAGAAGUUGAAGAUAGAAAACGACCGUCUGCGUUUGGAGAACCAGAGCAGCAGAGCGAGUUCCCAGGCCUCCGUCUCCUCCUCUCCCCCGACACAGAGCCUCUCCCUGGGCACGAGCGCAGCACCAGCGGGGGGUCAGACCAUCAACCUGACCACCAGCGAGUCCACCAGCCUGGACAUGCUUUUGGACGACACCGGGGAGAGUCUGAGGAAAGAAGGACGUCACGUGAAGAUCUACGUCACUCUGGACGAAGACUCAAACUGGACGGAGGACGGGCGAGGGCGCAGCUUCCUGAUCGGCUGCAUCGGAGUGAGCGGGAAAACCAAAUGGGACGUUCUGGACGGAGUGGUCAGGAGACUGUUUAAGGAGUACAUCAGUCACGUAGACCCGGUGUGUCACUUGGGUCUGGGCACAGACAGUGUUGGUGGAUACAGUGUGGGAGACGUUCACAGACUCGGCUCCAGUUCAGAGUCUCGUCCCCCGGAGCUGCUGCCCUGUGGAUACCUGGUGGGAGCAAACAACCACAUCCACAUCCAGCUCCAAGGCGUGUCGUGUGGCAGCGUCGACUCUCUGGCGUUCGACUCUCUGACCCCGAAGCCGAUGGUUCAGAGGUUCGUGUCCCUGCUGAAGGAGCACAGACGGAUCAUCCUGUCAGGACCCAGCGGCACAGGAAAGACUCACCUGGCCAAUCAGCUCGCCCGCUUCAUGGUGUUACUACAGCGACGACCUCUGACCCCCAACGCCAUCGUCACCUUCAACGUCGACCACAAAUCCGGAAAGGAGCUGCGUCAGUACUUGUCUGGUCUGGCUGAGCAGUGCAGCGUCUCGGGGACAGACUGCCCCCUGGUGGUGAUCCUGGACAAUCUGCACCACGUCAGCUCUUUGGGCGAGAUCUUCAGCGGCGUCUUCAGCGGCAGCUCCCAGCACAGUCCGUACAUCAUCGGGACCAUGAGCCAAGCCACGACGUCUGCCCCAAACCUGCAGCUGCACCACAACUUCAGGUGGGUGCUCUGUGCCAACCACACUGAGCCCGUCAAGGGUUUCCUGGGCAGGUUCCUCCGGAGGAAGCUCCUGGAGACCGAGAUCCAGAGCCGGACCCGAGACCCAGACCUGGUCCGGAUCGUGGACUGGAUCCCCCGGGUCUGGCACCACCUCAACCGCUUCCUGGAGACGCACAGCUCCUCUGACGUCACCAUCGGUCCUCGUCUGUUCUUGUCCUGCCCCAUGGAUGUGGAAGGGUCCAGGGUUUGGUUCACUGACCUCUGGAACUACUCCAUCAUCCCCUACAUGCUGGAGGCCGUACGAGAAGGACUACAGCUGUACGGGCGGCGGGCGGUCUGGGAGGACCCGUGUGCCUGGGUUCUGGACUCGUACCCGUGGGCGUCGGCGCCGGUGGACUGGCCUCCGCUGCUGCAGCUCAGACCCGAGGACGUGGGCUUCGACGGGUACAGCGCCCCCCGAGAGAGCACCCGCAAGGAGGCGCCCCAGAGCGACAGCGACCCCGACCCCCUGAUGAACAUGCUGCUGCGUCUGAAAGAAGCCGCCACCUCGUCCAGUCCCCAGAGCUACGACAGCGACAGCACCGGUCACCAUGACGACCUGCUCGACCAAUCGCUGGAGUCCACGCUUUGAAACCCACCAAUCCCGGCAGCCCACUGUUUAAACGCACCAAUCGCAACGCCUCCGCCCUCACAGACCAUUCAAGAAGCGAAAUCCGCCCGGUAACACCUCAACUGUCACCACGACGACCUCCUCGACCAAUCACUGGAGUCCACGCUCUCAAACCGACCAAUCCCGGCUGCCGAAAAAUUUAAACCGACCAAUCAGAGCUCUCAGGCCUGUAACUUCAACAAAUCACGCGCAGGAUCUGUCUUUUCUUGAUCCCUGAGGUCUGCUUAAGUUUUAUUUGUUACCGUUGGUGACAGAAGACACCUCCAUCUCCCCAGACGCUUCCUCCAGUGAGUCUCACGUAACCCCUAUUGGUCAACCUGCUGUAAAACUUAAACUCAUUUUCAAACUUACAAUGACAAAUUUAAGAUGUGAAGAGCGGGGAGAGACAUUCAGCCAGCGCGCGCAACACUGAGGAGGAGCAGCGUCUCUACUCCGAGCUCUCCCUCCGUCUCUCGAAGCUGAAACUAAAAUUUUAAAAAACGUGACAUUUUGUGGUCGAUUUCUAGUGGGUAAGAUCUGGUUAGAACUGGACUUUGGACUUGGUGGUCCUGGUCUAGUCCUGGUUCAGAUCCUGGUUCUUCACCGGAGACGACGGCGCGUGGACGGGACAACUUUGGUCCAAACGUAGUCCCGGUUUAGUUCUGAAUUCGUCACGGAGCGUGAUUUGGAAACCUGUGUUUUUUGUGGGUUUUUAACGACAAAGAAUCGACGGUGAAGACAGCACAAGAAGGUUUUGGGGUUCGAUUCCCGGAGCGUGUACGGAGUUUGCAUGUUCUUCCCGUGUCCGGAUACCUCUGGGUUCCUCCUCAACCUGCGAACAUGCACAAUAAUCCUCCAGCCGGGACCUGGGCUCAGAUCUGGGUCGGGACUGCUCGAGU